AAUGUUGUUGAUGAUGAAAAUAGUGUUGGCAACGACGACGACGACGACAACGACGAUGAUGAUGAUGAUGAAGAUGAUGAUGAUAAUGAUAAUAGUGACAACCAAACUAUUACUGAUAAAAUCAAUGAUGAUGAUGAUGAGGAUGUUGAAUUAUUUCCGGAAAUUCAUAAAGUUACAACAGUAGUGGCUGAUGAUGGAAAAUAUAAUCAUAAUCAACAACAACAGCAAACAACACUGAAACAUCCGUCGAAAACUGAACAACAUUAUUUAAGAAAAAAAUUAAACGAAACAAACAUCGACAACAAAAUUAAGCAAAACAAGAAUAAGAAUAAUAAACCGGGAACUAAAAACAACAUCAACAAUAAUAGAAAAAAUAAUCGAAAUGAUGAUGAUGAAGAUGCUACUAGAUGGAAAAUGAUUUCAUCUAAUCAAAUUAAUACCAUACAUCACAAUGAACAUAAUAAUGGCAAUCAACUAAAACCUAAACAAUCUAAACAACAACAACAACAACGAACAAACAUUCUAAAUAAAUUUGAACACCAACAUCAUCAACAACAACAACAAGGAAAUAAUAAUAGUAGCCAAAAUAAAUCGAAUAACAACAUAAUUCAAUGUCCAUCCUGUCCAUUUAGUCAUGGUUCACAAGUAAUUUGUGGUACAGAUAAUUCAACAUAUUCAUCAAUGUGUAGAAUUGAAUACCAUAAUUGUAUACAUGGUUUCGAUGUUCGUUUUGCUUGUUUUGGUUUUUGUCCAUGUUCAAAAUUGAUUCAAACAAAAAUGAUGGCCACAACCAACACCGCAAUAGCAACAAUAACAACACCGUCGACAAAAUCAUCAAAAUUAAAGCGAAAAAAUAAUUUCCUCAAUAAAAUUGAUGAAACACAUGAAAUACAUACUUUAAAACAAUCAACAAAUUCAACAAAUUUAUUAACAAAACAUUCAUUAAAACAAUAUCAUUAUUUGAUUGAUAAUGAUGAAAAUGAUUCGUUGAUAAAAACAAACCAUAAUAAUCAAAAUAAUAAUUUUGAACGAAUGAAAGAAUGUUCAUCAGAUGAAUUACGUUCAAUGGGAUUUCGUUUAUUGGAUUGGUUUGCUGUUGUUAUGCAAGAAGAAUUAACCAGAAUUAAAACCAAUAUGACAAACAAAUUGUUGCAACAACAACGUUUAAUGAAUAAAAUUAAUAAUAAUACAUAUCUACCGGAUUGUGAAGAAUCCGUAUCAUUUAUGUUCUAUCAUUUUGAUAUUGAUAAUAAUUAUAAAUUAACAUCCAAAGAGCUAUAUUAUCUUGUACAUGAUGAAAAUGAACAUUGUCUUGAACCAUAUCUAAUCAAAUGCGAUGAAGAUCAUAAUCAUUUAUUAACCAUAUAUGAAUGGUGUUCUUGUUUUAGUUUACGUUCCAAACCAUGUUUAUAUCAUCAAAAACAACUUAUACAACAGAAUAAUGGUAAAAUAAUUGAACAAUAUUUACCACAAUGCGAUGAAAAAGGUCAUUAUCGUAAUAUACAAUGUCAACAUACAACAAAACAUUGUUGGUGUUCAGAUAAAAAUGGUAAUGAAAUUGCCGGAACAAGAGUUCAUGGUCGCCUUCCUGUCUGUGACAAAAGUUAUCCAUUAAAUCAAUAUAUGAUGAAUAAACAGAAAAAUAUUCACAAUAAUGUGAAUAGUAGAAAACUAAUAAAUCAACAAAAAUGGCCAAAAUCAUCAUCAUUAUUUAAUAAUAAAAAUUUUGAUAUCGAUAGACAUUUGGUUAAUGAUCAUAUCAAUAAUAAUCAUAAUGAUGACGAAAAUGAUGAUGAUGAUGAUGAUGAUAAUAAUGACAACGAUGGCGAUAAUCAUAACAAUGACGAUAACGAUAAUGACCACGACGACGACGACGAUGAUGAUGGUGAUGAUGAUGAUGAUUCAUUCCAAAUGGAUCAUGGUUCCGGACAUUACGAAUCAUUCUGAUUAAUACAUUUUUUUUUUGGUUUCUGUUUAUUAUCAUUAUCAUUUUUUCGAUACAUUUUUACCAAUUUUAUCCACUAUAGAACAGCAGUAUAAUCACCACCACCACCCACACAAAUGAAUGAAAAUUUAUGAUUCAGCAUUUGAUUAAACCCAAAUACACAUACACA